AAUUCUCUUUUAGUUUGUCAGUUAAAUACAUAAUGUGGAAUUCUCUUUUAGUUUGUCAGUUAACUAACAUUCACUUCUUUAAAAUUAUAGCGUCGUGAGGUGGAUGCUAUUUAGCGUUGGCGUCAAGAUAGUGGACUGAAAGGUUAAAGCUCUGUUUGUUUUAGAUACACAAGGUGUCAUUCUGUUUUAUGUUUCGUUGAAUUUAGUUCACUGCCAUUAAGGCAAUGCUGUACUUGGAAAAAUGUUUUUGUUCCCUCCCUCACUUACAUGCCCAAAAGCUUCAAACAAAUAGUUUUUUCUGAAUGCAUUGCCUGGAGGCUUUUAAUUCCAAACCCAUCUGAGGGAAAUAUUUAACCCGCCUUUGUUUGCCGUCCUUGGCGACAACAUAUCUGCUUGUAAUGAUAUUGGCUCAAGGAGGGCCGGCCCGCUCUUGUGUGGUCGGUCAUUGUUGAUUGUACAUCAAACAAUGGCGCUCUCUUACUCCACUUUCAAAGGUGAACACGACCCAUUUGUCCUCCAAAGCCAUCAGAGUUUAGUGUGUUCAUGCUCGCCAUAUUUCUAGUGAGGCCACCGUAAGUUUAAGAUUGCAGAGGUACAACAAUCUCGAUCUACAAUCUAAUUUCUUUCCGAUAUUUGUGCGUCGGGGCUGAGAGGUGAGGAAGUAGCGAGGAGUGGCCACCCCACUCCUCCUCCCCCCCGGCCCCUCCCCAUCUGAUGUCAGGCCAUGUCGCAUGAGCUAAGCCGGGCAUCCUGUAAUUUUCAUUGGACUUGUUUGGUUUGGGGAAGUACUUGGCUUAGGUAAAAGUGGAUUUUUUUUUUGUGUGUGUGCAGCUGAAUCAGCAGGUAACUGGCUGCAAAACAGCAAACAUGCUGCAAGAGCUCAAGGAGUUUGGCUCACACGCCAUGGAUAUAUACGACUACCUCGUCGAAGGAGUUGAUCCUCGAGUGAAGAAUCAUUUCCUGAUGCAGAGUCCUGUUCCCAUGACUGCAAUUUUGCUGUGCUACCUGUUCUUUGUACUGUACCUUGGCCCUCAUAUUAUGGCCUCCCGAAAGCCUUUCCAGUUAAAGGAAGCCAUGAUCGUCUAUAAUUUUUCACUGGUGGCACUGUCGAUAUACAUCGUCUACGAGUUUUUGAUGUCUGGAUGGGCCACGACAUAUACUUGGCGAUGUGACGCAAUCGAUAUGUCCGACAGCCCUCAAGCACUUCGAAUGGUCGAGGUAGCCUGGUUGUUUUGGUUUUCCAAAAUUAUCGAGCUCAUGGACACUAUCUUCUUCGUGUUGAGAAAAAAGAGCGGCCAGAUCACCUUUCUGCACAUCUUCCACCACUCUUUCAUGCCCUGGACUUGGUGGUGGGGAGUUGGCUACGCUCCCGGUGGAAUGGGCUCCUUCCACGCAAUGGUGAAUUCUUCCGUCCACGUGAUCAUGUAUUUCUACUAUUUCCUCGCUGCCGCCGGACCUCGCUUCCAGAAGUUCCUGUGGUGGAAGAAAUACAUGACAGCCAUUCAGCUCACCCAGUUUGUCCUGGUAUCCCUCCACGUGACUCAGUAUUACUUCAUGGACAGCUGCGACUACCAGUUCCCCAUCAUCAUCCACAUGGUGUGGGUUUACGGCACCUUCUUCUUCGUGCUCUUCUCCAACUUCUGGGUUCAGGCCUACGUCAAGGGCAAGCGGCUGCCCAAGCAGGACAUCAAGUCGCGUCACAACGGCACGGCCGCCGCCCCCCCUGCAGUCUACGCUAACGGCAAGCACCACGAGAACGGCGUCAAACACACCACGGCCAACGGCACCAGCAACGGUUCGGCCCACUACGAAAACGGCAGCGCUCCCAUGGGCAAGAUGAAGAAGGCCUAG